AAAAUCAGAGGAACCAGCUGCCUGGAGUAUUCUAGAAAACGUGCCUCGGACAGUAAGAUAUCCUUUGCCGGGGGAAGGACUUACAACACCUAAACUGUAUUUAUUCAUUAACAGAGCAAUCAUGGCAAAGUGGGGCGAAGGAGACCCUCGUUGGAUUGUGGAGGAAAGAGCAGAUGCAACAAACGUCAACAAUUGGCACUGGACGGAGCGUAAUGCCACCAACUGGUCGUCGGACAAGCUGAAGGAGCUGCUCCAGGGCGUGCGGGUGGAGAACGAGCAUGGCUCAUGUGAGGUGACGGAGGUGAGCAAGGUGGAGGGAGAAUCCUCCAUCAACAACCGCAAAGGCAAGCUCAUCUUCUUCUACGAGUGGAACCUCAAGGCCAAGUGGAAAGGAAUAACAACAUCAGGGAUCAAAUGCAAAGGCCAUAUAGAGGUUCCGAACCUCUCAGAUGAAAAUGACAUGGAAGACCUUGAUAUUAGCGUGACGCUGAGUAAAGACCAGCCUGACACUCAGCUACUCACCCUCAUGAAGAAGGAAGGAGCAGAGAAGGUGCGCUCUGCCCUGGGCAAUUAUGUCAUCGCCCUCAAGACAGAGUUCACCCAAGGCAUGAUCCUGCCCACCGCCAAUGGCCUCAGUAAACAGCAAUCAUCUCAGUCCAAAGCCAAGGUGGACAAAACUCUGAUUGGUACCAACUGCUCGACUCCCGCACCCAACACUGGAGUGAAGAUCCCCACCUGCAAAUUCAGCAUCAGGGACACCUUCAUGACGUCGCCUGAAGAGCUGUACAGAGUCUUCAUCAACCAGGAGAUGGUACAGGCCUUCACACAUGCGGCCGCCGUGGUGGAACCCGUAAAGGGCGGGAAGAUCCGCAUGAUGGACGGCAAUGUGAUUGGGGAGUUUCAGGAGCUGGUUCCUGAGCAAAAGAUUGUGAUGAAAUGGAGGUACAACUCCUGGCCCAGUGAGCACUAUGCUACCAUCACGCUAAAGUUCGCGGACCGAAGCGGGGAGACAGAACUGACCAUAGAGUGUCGGGCUGUGCCGGAGAGCGAGGAGGAGAGAACAAAGGAGGGCUGGUACCGCUACUACCUUCAGGGCAUCAAACAGACGUUCGGCUACGGAAGCCGGCUCUAUUGAACAGAUGGCCGGCUAUACCCGGCUCUACUAAACAGAGCAGCCUUUUCUCUCUCUCUCUUGUUAUUUCCUUAUUUCUUCUUUUUCUUUCUUUGUUUUGGUUUUUUGUCACGCACAGAACAAAAACUCGACAUCAGAAAGCCACUCUGCUGAAGAACCAACUUGGCACCAUCUCGUACUGAUUGGUUUUUAAUUUUUCACUUCAUUUUUCCGUUAUCAUUUCUUGAUCCUGAUGUACAGAAAGAACGGGUGAGAACUGAAUUUGUAGAACUUUCAAAGACAAGAAGAAGAUGGAAGAGAGUUGUUAAAUGUUCAUGAAUUAUCUCUUGUUUGAGUGUGUGUGUGUGUGUGUGUGUGUGAGUGAAUGAAUGAAAUAACUACGUUUUAAUUGCCGCAUGGUCUCAUCGAGCUCAGGUCACCUGUAUAGCCAGUGCAAGGUCAGGGUGGACUGUGCCUUCAUGGAUUGAAGAGUUCCGAUAUGUUCCAUAAGGAUUCUUAAGUUCAUACUGUAACUGUUUUAAGAUGUAAAGAGGAAUGGCAAAAGAAUAAAAGUAAAGGGAGAACUUUGCAACCACUUAAAAAAAAAAUUUUUCAUUUUGACAGUAAUAUAACAGAACAGAGCAUGAAAACAGAUCGGCUGUGUGAAUGGUGCGUAUGUCUGUUUCACACUCAUAUUUUCAGCAUCGCUCGUUUUAUGGAUUGAAUUAUGUAAUUUAUACUGAACAUGUGUUUUAAAUGUGCUGACCACUGGUAAGGAAACUCUUAAAGGGGAUUGCUUGUGUCAAGCACCCAUCAGCGAGAGGCUUCAGUGGAGGCUGUAUUGAAUUGCUGUGCAUUGUAAACUAAAAGGCAUCAUGCUGUAAAGUGUAGUCCUGUAUAUCUUGAUUGGCUUGGUAUGGCAAAGCCCUCAUGUCCUGCCAGUGUGUAUUGGCUGCGUCGCCCAGGGAAGGUUUUUUUUUUACUCCAGAGGUUGAACGUGCAGGACAAGAAAAAGACAAAAGACCCAAGCGAUGUGUCUUCACUCAUCUGCAUCGAAAACUUUGCAACAGCCCUCUGCUGCGGAACUGUCACUUAUUUAUGUUUUUUUCCACUGAAGUAUUCAUCGGUAGCACAACACUUUGUAACCUGUUAAAACCUCAUUGAUUUCAUAUCAAUAAAGUCAUCCUUGCAAUUC